AAAAUUAUAAAGAAAAGGAAAAAAAAUUAAAAUUAAAAAAAUACAAAAAACCAAACAUGAAAAUAAAAAAAAUCUAAAAAAAAUUAAAAGUAAUUAAAAAUAAUGUAAAAAGUAAAAAAAUAAAUAUAAAAAAUAAAGUAAAUUAGAAAAUUUAAAAAUAUAGAAUUAGAAGAAAUAUAAAAAUCUCUUUAAAAAUAUAAAACAAAAUAAUAAAAACAUGAAAAAACCCCACAAUAAAAUAGCAUGAAAAAUUAUAAAAAUUACAACAAUAAUUUAAAAAACUCAAAAGAAUUAAAUAAAUGCAGCUCUCCCCUCCUUCCACUGCCUAACACUGCUCCAGGAGUAUCCCUGAUUAUGCAGGGAUAGGGAAAACAAACCCAGUGCCUCACACAAAUUAAGGUUUUCUAGACAACCUCCAGUUUUACUUGGAAACAAAUUCUAUCUCACAGGAAGCUCACUUGGGAUGAACAUCCAAAUGUGCCAAGGCAGGAAAGAACCAUCCCAUUGUGCCCAAGGAACAGCAAUUAGGCCAGGAUUUAAGUUUUAAUGGGAUUUAUGUAAUUUAAAAUGCAGUAAAUUUAACUUUACAAAGAGAUUCAUUAUGGCAAUUAAACACUUACCAAGCUUUCCUGGGAAUUUAAAGAAUUCUGUGGAUAGGGUGCUGAACAAUGCCUGAUUCACCAACAUCAAUUUGGUAAAUUUCCUUGGAAAUGUGCCUUAAGAUGUACAAAAAUUCCGAUUAGCAUGGAAAAUAUGAAAAAUGCAGCUGGUGGCCAGCCUGGUGUCCAUGCUGCUGUGGAGUGUGAGAGGCACGGCAAUGCCUGGGGAAGACAGAGCACCAGGUCACCUGCCCAUGGCGGAUAAGACUGCCAUCCCUCACUUUACCUGCUCUCUGCCCACGGGAACGGAGUUCACUCCACAAGAACAUCCAGGCUUGCUGGAUGGUGUGGAUGUGGGGUGUGAGGCAGCCUUUCCAGAUGUGGAGGAGGAGGGCAAGCUGGAGGAGGAGCAGGCGGUGCUGGGGCGGCUUGCCCAGCUCUCACAGCGGGACUGCAAGGCACCCUGCAAGAACUUCUUCUGGAAAACUUUCACCUCAUGCUAG